AUGAGAGAAGCAACUCGAGGGAUCGAGCUGCCACUGGUGUCAGUGCUCAUGCUGACACCACUCAAGGAGCCAGGGGCCGAAAUGUCGUGCGCCGCGCUCCUCAAGUGGAAUCUCCUUGGAUACCAUCAUCCAAAGAGUUAG